AACGAACGAACCGUAGCUUAGCUUAGUUUGAGAAAGGUAGUCGGAGGGAGUGACAAAGUAAAACAUUCCAAUUGUGAACAUUGUAAAAAUUGUGAAAAUUGUGAUUAUAUAAAAAUUACUGUUUCCGACUCAAUACAUCCAAGUAGUGCUGACGCAAUGAUUGACGCGGAGUGCACUGAAGGGAACCCUGAAGGACUCCAGCUUCUUAGGGAGUCUCUAAGAAAGGUUCAGUUGAAGGAUGAAGGUGUACACUCAAAUGUGUUUGUCGUCUUCGGUGCAAGCGGAGAUUUGGCGCGAAAGAAGAUUUAUCCGACCCUCUGGGCUCUUUACAGGGACAAUCUACUGCCUAAGGGUACUCAGAUAUUUGGGUAUGCACGAUCCAAGAUGACUGUAGAGGAACUCAGGGGAAAAUGUGCGGCUACAGUAAAAGCUAAGGAUGGUGAGGAGGCUGAACUAGAAGGAUUCUGGAAAGCAAAUCAUUACGUGGCAGGAAGUUAUGAUACUAAGAGAGAUUUUGAGUUGCUGGCACAGGAAAUGUCAGCUGUUGAAAAGGGGCAAAAUAAUAGACUUUUCUAUCUGGCACUCCCUCCCUCAGUUUUCAAACCAGUAACAUCUAUGCUAAAGGAGGCCUGUAUGUCAACAAAGGGUUGGACUAGAGUAAUUGUAGAGAAACCAUUCGGCAAGGAUUCCGCUAGUUCUGCCGAUCUCAGUAAUCAUCUGAUGAAACUAUUCGCAGAAGACCAGCUUUACAGGUAUAUUGCACUAUUUGAUUUCAGGUUUGGUAACAUGAUCUUUGCUCCUACUUGGAACAGGGACAAUAUUGCUAGCGUUGUAAUUACCUUCAAGGAACCUUUUGGAACUCAGGGUAGGGGAGGAUACUUUGAUGAAUUCGGGAUUAUCAGGGAUGUUAUGCAGAAUCAUCUUCUGCAGAUUCUUUGCCUGACAGCUAUGGAGAAACCGGUCACCACAUCACCUGAUGAUAUUAGGGACGAGAAGGUGAAAGUUUUGAAGGCAGUUGAAGUCCUUUCUCUAGAUGACGUGGUCCUAGGACAAUACCAGGGCAAUCCCGAGGGAGCGGAUGAAGAUGCUAGACUCGGCUAUUUAGACGACCCCACGGUUCCCGCCGGUUCCACGUGUCCAACAUUUGCCGCGGCACAUCUUAAGAUUAAGAAUGAGAGAUGGGACGGGGUACCCUUUAUUCUCAGAUGUGGAAAAGCCUUGAACGAGAGAAAAGCUGAGGUUCGUAUACAGUAUAAGGACGUACCUGGAGAUAUAUUUAAUGGUUCAACUGUACGCAAUGAGCUAGUUAUCAGGGUUCAGCCGAAUGAGAGUGUGUAUGUGAAGGUUAUGACUAAGACCCCGGGGAUGUCGUUUAACCUCGAGGAAACUGAACUAGAUCUUACUUACAAGUCAAGAUACAAGGAAGCUAGGCUACCAGAGGCUUAUGAACGGUUGAUCCUUGAUGUUUUUGUUGGAUCUCAGAUGCACUUUGUCAGGAGUGAUGAGCUAGCCGAAGCUUGGAGAAUAUUUACCCCGCUUCUUCACAAAAUAGAGGAAGAAAAACCUGCUCCUAUUCUGUACAAGUACGGUACUCGAGGACCGAAGGAAGCUGAUGAGAUGGCAACCAAAGCAAAUUUCUUGUACACUGGCCGGUACAAGUGGUCCGCGCCUUCCCCCUCUAAGAUGUAAACCAGUUCUAAACCAGUCGGUACUCUCCCCCCCCCCCCCCAUUCGAUGUAAACACGUUGUAAAGUUGUACAAAUGUACACUUUCUGCUUUUUCUCACCAUAAUGUGUACACUGUACAAAAUGAUUUUUAAAAAUCGUACAACUAGCAAGGCCUGAGCUUUUACAGUCUUAUUUCUCUUACAAACAUUUGAACUUUAACUAAAACCAAUCUUAAUUUUUACAAUUUAAGAGUUGGUUUUAAAAUCAUUCCAAAAUAAACUUUAUUUUUAUUUUUGUCAAGAACGAAUUUUCCCGGUACCCCUCACACAACCGGUUUUCCAGAUAUUAUACUAUAUUUGUUUUUACAUUUUAAUUCUAUUAAUAUUUCUUUGUAAAAUUUGCUUUAUUAAAUACAUCACCUUAUUGUAAUAAAAUGAUGACAUUGA